UCACUUAUCACCUUUUCGAGCUCUCACAUCUCUUCUACACCGGUGUACAACUUCCUACAAACGCAAAAUGAGCUGGUGGUGGGCCGGAGCUAUCGGCGCUGCACGGAAAAAAAUUGAAGAACAUGAACGUCCCAAAACAUUUCAGAGUGUCGGACUAGUCCUCGGUGUCACCGGCAUUGUCGGUAACAGCUUGGCCGAAAUCCUCCCCCUCUCCGACACUCCAGGCGGCCCAUGGAAGGUGUAUGGAGUCGCUCGCCGCACCCGCCCCACCUGGAACGCCGAUCACCCGGUCGAGUACAUCCAAUGCGACAUCUCCAACGCCGACGACACGGUUACCAAGCUCUCUCCACUCACCGACGUCACCCACAUAUUCUACGUGACCUGGACCAACAAAUCCACCGAGCUCGAGAACUGCAAGGCCAACGGAGCCAUGCUUCGCAACGUUCUCAAGGCGGUGAUCCCAAACGCCCCCAAUCUCCGCCACAUCUGCCUCCAAACCGGCCUCAAACACUACGUUGGACCCUUCGAGGUCAUCGGCAAGGGGGUCCCGGUCCUGGCCCACGACCCGCCCUUCACUGAGGACAUGCCGAGAUUGAAUUUCCCCAAUUUCUACUACACCCUCGAAGACAUCCUCUUCGAAGAGGUGGCGAAGAAAGAAGGGUUGACAUGGUCAAUUCACCGACCUGGUACGAUCUUCGGGUUCUCUCCGUAUAGCAUGAUGAACAUCAUUGGAACACUCUGUGUAUACGCCGCGAUCUGCAAGUAUGAGAACAAACCCCUCAAGUUCCCCGGAACUAAGGCCGCUUGGAACUCUUAUCAAAUUGGGUCCGAUGCAGACUUGAUCGCUGAGCAAGAGAUAUGGGCCGCGGUGGAUCCUAACGCGAAGAACGAAGCGUUUAAUUGCAGCAAUGGGGAUGUGUUCAAGUGGAAGCACUUGUGGAAGGCUUUGGCUGAACAGUUUGAUGUGGAGUUCGUUGAAUUUGAUGAUGAGAGUGAGGAAGGAGUGAGCUUGGUGGAAAUGAUGAAGGACAAGGGUCCUGUUUGGGAGCAGAUUGUGAGAGAACAUGGAUUGGAGCCAACCAGGUUGGAGGAGGUUGGAGUGUGGUGGUUUGCGGACUCUAUGCUUGGAGUGGAGGGUUUGCCGGAUAGCAUGAAUAAGAGCAAAGAGCAUGGGUUCUUGGGGUUUAGAAACUCCAAGAAGUCAUUCAUUUCUUGGAUAGACAAAGUGAAGGCUUACAAAAUUGUUCCUUAAACAUGAGUUCUCACUAUCAGUUAUGUUAGUUGAGAACAUAAUGUAAAUAAUAAAAUUAAGUAGGUUGGUUGAGAAUAUAAAAUAAAUAAUAAAAUUAUUCAUUCCUUUAAUAGUUUAAACUUUUAAAUAAUAGUUAACAAUUUAAUAAUUACAAUGUUGUUUGCUAUAGGGUUGCAUUUGAUUUGUUUAGUGGGUAUCAUCCUAGUUGGUAUGUUCUAAUUAAGCCAU